AUGGGUCAACAGUAUUCUCGCCUGCGACAACGGCGCAAUGCCGACCGACUCCGUGAUCUGGCACCACGGAGAACCUCCGGACGUGAGGAUGCCCUCCCCAAUCUGGACUAUCAAACGCUUUGGAAUGCCCUCAACAACGUUGCUGCUUACAUCAACCGUCGCAAUGGCAACGUGACGGUAAUCGCAGUCGGCGGCGCUGUCAACACCAUCCACUUGCGAAGCCGCAAUGCAACACACGACGUUGACUUUUUCAACAACCAGUUGACGGUCAAUGAUUACGAGCUUCUGAUCAAUGGUGCCAAGGAUGCGGUUAGGCGUGACCGGCGGCUCACCGAGGAGUGGUUCAACAACCGCACCAUUUUCUUCAUCCCCCAGGAACGGCGCGAUGAGCUGACGGAGGAGGCCCUCCUCAUCCACGAAGUCAUCUUCCGCGCGGCGGGCCUGACCGUGCUGGCGGCACCAUGGCAGUACUCCUUCUCCUGCAAGGUGGACCGUCUAUCCGGGGGCGGACUCAAUAGUGCGCAGAGCUAUGAUCUCGACGAUGCCGUGCAGUAUAUACAUCGUUAUCUGCUGCAGCGCGGUGGAAGACAGGUGAACAAGUCGACAGUGCGGGGGUGGUUUGUGCAUUAUCAACUGCAGUGGACGCACGCCAAUGAAACUGUGAUUGCGCGUGUGAAUGCGGCCUAUCGGGCCAGGUUCCAUGUGAAUUACGAUGUCAUUGUGUGA